AUGGCGAGUUCUCCAUCCAAGAAUACCCCGACUGGAGCUUCACCGGCCGGCAUUUUUGAAUCGGCUCGUCAUUUCUUCUCAUUCGCAUUGAUCGCACCAUCCACUGAUCUAAUUAAUAAGAAAGACAUUUUUGCGCAGUUCAAAUUUUUGACGUCGCCAGACAGAGUCAAAGCUGCUUCAAAGCUCGAUGCCGACAGCUUCUACAUGUACGGAUGCGGAUCAAUCAAUCUGCCAUAA